CCCGUACUAAAUGGCCGCGGAUGGGAGAGGAGUGUGACUGAGUGCAUGUUUGAUCGCCGGCCUUAUCUGUCGCCAGAGCUUUAUCUGCAUCAUCCAGACGAGUAAUAGAAACUGCCCCUCCCAAACCCGAAUUAAUUUCGCUACGCACCGUGUACACUAGAGCAAACUGGUUAGCGUUACGGAUAGUGGGGAUUGUUUAGUAUGAGGUGAGUGCGUGUAGCUGCGAGGCUGGGGGACCAAACACUCAGACGUUGUGUGUGUUCCUGAUGGACCUGCCGUGCAACCUCCAAAUUCUACGUCUAUAAGUGGUGUCCAGUAUACGAAUAGACGUAAACAAUCAGGACAACAUGGCUGACUAUUGGAAAUCGCAGCCAAAGAAAUUCUGUACUUAUUGCAAGUGCUGGAUUGCAGACAACAAGCCGAGUAUUGAGUUCCACGAACGAGGAAAAAAUCAUAAAGAAAAUGUGACAAAGAAAAUCAGUGAGAUUAAGAAGAGAAGUAUGGACAAGGCCAAGGAAGAUGAAAAGAAGUCAAAGGAAUUUGCAGCAAUGGAAGAAGCUGCUCUGAAAGCCUAUGAGGAAGACCUUAAAAGACUUCAGGGAGAAAAGCCAGCUCCUGCAGGUCCAAGUUUUCAGCACAAUAAGCUCCGUUCUGAGGAAAAGUGGAAAGAAAUUGAGGCCUUAGAAAAACAUCACGCCAAAAAACAGUGGACAAAAGGAGUUUCGCCAGAGGGUUACCCUUAUUACUACAAUCUGCUAACAGGAGAAACACAAUGGGAAGUACCAGAGGGAUACCAAGAACCUACAGACCAGUUAGAAAAGAACCAGGCAGCAAGCCACUGUGCAUGGGUAGAAGGAGUGUCUGAUGAAGGCUACACAUACUACUAUAAUACUGAAACAGGAGAAUCCAGAUGGGAAAAACCAGAGGAGAUGGAUCAGAAACCAUCCAGUGAUGACCCAAAGGAUGAAGCUGAGGUCAGUGAGGAAAAGACAGAGACUGAAGCAGUGGAAGCCAACCCUGAGAGAGAAUCAUCAGAAGAGGCAACAGAAGUCCCCGAUGCUACACAGGCACCGAAAAUAACAUUUAAGAGUAAAACAGAAACAAAAUCAGAUAGUGACGAGGAAGAAGUCUCCGAACCUAAAGAAAAAGAAGCCGUUGAAGAGGGGCCUACCGAAGAAAAAGAGCCUGUGCCUGUGAUCCGUGAAAAGAGGCCAAAUAAACCAAAUCCUUAUGGAAUGUGGGAAGAAGUAAAGACAGAGGUCGAUCCCUAUGAGAAGGUGGAUCUAGAGCUUCCGAACAUAGAGUAUGACAUCCCUCCCGUUUCUGUGCCAGACCUUCCAGAGGAGCCAAAAGUAAAAUUUAAAGAGAAGACAAUCACAUCUCUUGGGGACACAGCAAGCGGGGCCUCUGUCUUCAAGAAAAGGAAGCUUGAAAAUGGCAAAUCCAGAAACAUACGUCAGAGAGCAAGUGAUCAGUAAAGGACUUGAACUUGCACUAAAAAUGCACAUUUUUAACUGGGUCUAUGGGUGAAAGCUGUUUAUAAAAUCCAUGCUUGGUGUGAUUUAUAAAUAAAGUUUUAGUUUUCUU